AUGAAGCGCAAGGAGCACGGUGGCGGAAUUGAGGAAUCCGCGCACAGUCAAGCUCUAGAAUUCAUGUCUCGAGAUAACAAGCGCAAGGCUCUACCGGCUAAGAAGACCGGUGCGUGCCACAAGUAUGGAAAACAAGGACAUUGGAUCGCGGAAUGCCACUUGCGGAUCCAGGAAGAUGCCAAUAAAACCGAUUCCAGCGCGCAUACAUCGCGCAAGAACAAGAGCUUGGCGAUCAUCUUUUCUUGA